AUGAGCGACAAAAUUCCGUCGUGGAAUGUCGUCCACAAGCUGGAGAAGCGCUCGCUUCUCGUCGGGAUCAACUGCGUCGCUGCGCUUUCCAUCUUGUUCUUCGGUUACGAUCAAGGAAUGAUGUCCGGUGUCAAUAACGCAAAGGACUAUAUCGAUCUUAUGGGAUUUGGAUAUACUAAAAUGGUGGACGGCGAAGCGACACCAGUGGUUACGAAUUCACUACUACAAGGUGGAAUCGUGUCGGUAUAUUACCUCGGAACCCUGGUCGGUGGUUUAUUUGGUGGAUGGCUAGGAGAUCGCAUGGGAAGAAUCAAGACUAUUGGUGUCGGAGCUGCUUGGGCUAUCGUGGGUGCGGCUUUGCAAUGCUCGGCCAUGAACCAUAAUUGGAUGAUCUGCGCGCGUAUGGUUAAUGGUGUUGGAACCGGCAUUUUGAACGCCAUCGUUCCCGUCUGGGCCACCGAAACAGCGGAGCACACUUCGCGCGGUCAGUUCAUUGCAAUCGAGUUCACCCUGAACAUCUUCGGUGUUGUCUUGGCCUAUUGGCUCGAGUUUGGCCUGUCUUUCAUUGACAACGGAGAGUCUGCCUUCCGCUGGAGAUUCCCUAUCGCAUUUCAAAUUGUCUUCUUGCUCGCCCUUUUUGCGGCUGUCUGGUUCUUCCCCGAAUCUCCUCGAUGGCUCGUCAAGGUUGGUCGCGAGGACGAGGCUCGGUAUAUCCUGCAACGUCUGCGUGGAUCUAGCGGAGAAGACCUCAUCCGCGCCGAGGCUGAGUUCCAAGAUAUUCUGAGCAUCGCCGAGUUGGAAAAGACGGUCGAUCACGCGGAUUCCUACUGGUCAAUGCUUAUUGGUUACAAAUCUGGAGAUCUCCAUAUUGGCCGCCGUGUGCAGCUAGUGAUCUGGCUACAAAUCAUGCAAGAAUGGGUUGGUAUCGCAGGUGUUACGGUUUACGCCCCGACUAUCUUCAGUAUUGCUGGCUUUGACUCGACGAAGAGUCAGUGGAUCAGUGGACUCAAUAAUGUCUUCUAUAUGUUUGCCACACUAGUGUGUGUCUUUACCAUAGACCGCCUCGGUCGACGAUGGACUCUAUACUGGGGCUCGGUCGUCCAGGGAAUUGCCAUGUUCCUGGCGGGUGGAUUCUCCCGACUGGCCAUUGAUGCCAAGGCUGCCGACAACAUGGGCAAGGCAUCAUCCUAUGGUGCUGCGGCUGCUUCAAUGAUCUUCAUUUUCACCUCAACUUUUGGAGCCACGUGGUUGACAGUCCCAUGGGUAUACCCAGCCGAGAUUUUCCCGUUGGCCGUUCGUGCCCGCGGAAACGCCUUCGGUGUUGUUGGAUGGAGUAUCGGAAACGGAUGGCUGACCCUUCUGUGCCCCGUCAUGUUUAGUGCCAUCAACGAAAAAACCCUUUACGUGUUCGCCGCUAGCAAUGUAAUCACUAUCCCCAUGGUGUGGGCGCUAUACCCAGAGAGCAACCAGCGUACGCUUGAAGACAUGGAUUUGCUCUUCGCGGCAAAGACACCAUGGGUUUGGGACGCUGAAAAGACAUUUGCGCGCCUGAAGGCCGAGAACCCGGGUAUGGUCCAGGCCCUUGGUCGCAAGGGCAGCGUGGUGGAUCCAGAGACUGGAAAGCACCUUUCUAUUGGUGCUGCUGCGGCUGUUGCGGCCUCUAAGGCUGGCGACGAUGCUACAGGCGCGGAGCAUGUUGAUCAUGCUUAG